AGUCCGAACAAAGAGCUUGUGACCCGACCCGGCAACUUUAUUAGCAGAAGCGGUUGUUUUUGUUCCAGAAACCUAGACUCGGCGUGGCUCCUCAGCAGAAUCAGCAUCAUAUAGUUCCCAAAUUCCUCGACUGACUUUGUGAGUUACUCGCGAGUGAAGACAGGAACCAGAUGGAAGAGAAACCACCGCGCUCCAGUCUCAAGCGCUCUUUCGUUGAAGAUGAUGAAUCGGAACAAGCCCCUGCGCAGAAGAGGAUUCGGUUUCCUAAGGGUAGGAAGGUGAAGCCGGGAGACGAAUCGUCGAUUAGAGGCGUUGUAGAAGACGGUCCGACCGACACGAAGAAUGAUCCUCGCUUUGUUGCCAAGGAGCGUGCUAAACGCCGUAAGCAAAUGACCACGGAACUCUUCAUUGAAGAAGGCGAAGGCAUUCUGAACGACGUCACGGCUGCUGAAGUGGAUUAUGAUGAUAAUGAUAACUUUGUUGAAGAUGGAAUACAAAUAGAGCCGUUUAAUCUGAACAAGGAGAGGGAAGAAGGUUAUUUUGAUGCAGAUGGAAAUUUUGUUGAAUAUGUCACUGAUAAGGAAGCCAAGGAUGCAUGGAUGGAUAGCGUUGAAGUUGAUCCAAGAUAUGCUGCACUAGCCCAUGUGGAAAAUGAAGCAAAUGAUGAAAGUGAGGUCCUGGACCUUUCUUCCGAAGACGCUGCAACAAUAAAGAGGCGUAUUGCGAACUUGCUUGAACCAGGAGAAACGGUUUUACAAGCUUUGAGAAGAUUGAAGGGAACAUCUAGUAAUAGAAAGGAGAAAAUGUCGGCUGAGACAAAGGUUUUAUUUGACCAGCUAACUGAAGAUGCUAUGAAGCUACUGGAGAAUGGUGAAUACAAUGUAUAUCAUGACAGGCAAGAAGUUUUUGAGCGUGAGGCAGAAGGAUAUGAAAGGCUUGCCAGAGCCAGGGGGGAUGGUACAUCUGCAAGUACUGGCAAUGAGGAUGACUAUAAUGCGGAGAAAGACUAUCUUGGAAUAGCCUCUGCAGUACCUUCUCAGACUGCUACCGAAAUAUCUACCAAUGUUACUGAUACUUUUGACAUGUUUGCGGAAGAUAAUGACAAUGCCAUCGCUAAACCAUCCUCUGAUAUGGGUAAUAUGGUUUCUGGCUCAACUUCUAGUGUCGGUGACCAACCAUCAGAUGCCUUCAAUUCAGUUUCAGAGAUGGGAGCAUUGCAAAGUGAUUAUACGUAUGAUGAAUCUACUGGGUACUACUACAGCAGCAUUUUGGGCUAUUAUUAUGACCCUUCUACUGGACUGUAUUGCGCUGCCUCCACUGGUACAUGGUACUCAUUUAAUGAAGAGACUGGCACGUAUGAUGAAAUUCGCGAGGAGGUCGCAUCCAUCACAAAUUGAUGCCCGGACACUUUCACCGAGUAGUUUUACAGCCUAAAGUUGAAAGUCUGGCAAUGAUAUAUCUCUGGAGAUUUAGUAUUUGGCUAGAGGUUGUUCUAACCUGUUCUGUUCUGUUCUGUUGGUUGAAGAACUAAUCUUUACAUCUGGUUAUGUCACCGCGGCUAACAUGAAAAGUUAUGAAAAUAGAGUCCUUCGUGCGUCCAAGGAGCUAAUACUCAUAUCCCUGUGGAUACUUUGAAUUUUCUGGCACUGUUUUGAAUACGCAAGUACCAUGAAUAUGGGAAGGGGUAAAAUGCAAUAUGUAAAUUGACUUGUGCGCUUUAUGUACGUUUUCAUUUUCGCUCUCCAUUUUUGAGUGGGUGUAACUAUUACUCCUUUUUUUUGUGCUCUCUA